UCUCUGUGUCAAGACUCAAGAGAUAUCAUGUUCUUGCGAUUUAAAGUGUGUGAACCGAAACCCGUUGCCGAUCUACGCCUUGCGUCAACGUCCUCGUCGCUCGGAGACCACCACCUAAUUUUCUCGUUUGGCAAUUCUCGUUUGUCUCGAUGGCUGGUGUUGAACGGCGGGGUUACAUAUGGGCUCUCUCCGCUGGCCUAAAUGCCGCCCUUGCUGCGAUCGCGGCGAAGUUCGUCUCUUCACAGGGCUAUUCAUCCCCCUCUAGCCAGCCGCCAGUGAUCCAACAAUUGGUAUCAGAACGGGUUCACUUCAGGAGGACUAACCGUCAAACGAAACACAUGAGAUGGCCGGAUCGAGCUUCUAUCCACCGAAGUUUGAGGGGGAAUUCGUGAAUUGGAAGAAGAAGAUGGAAUUAUUUUUAAAACAUAUUUUGAAUUAUCAAUCAUUAUGAAAUAUGGUUUCGUAGCCCCAAAAGACAAAGAAGAAUAUCAAUGGACGAAGAAGAACCAAGCCGACUUCGUGGCAAACAGUAAAGCAGAGUUUCAUCUGCUUAGUAUUUUACCACCUCAAGAAGUCAACCGUAUUGAAGCCUACGAGCCAGCCAAGGAGCUUUGGAAGAAAUUCCUGAAACUAUACAAAGGGACCUCGGAAGAGAAACUAGCAAGACUGGACUUGCUCCGAAACUAGAUCAGCAACAUUCGGUUAGAAGAAGGCGAAACCGUCGCACACCUCCACUCAAGAAUCAAGGAGCUAAUCGCCGGACUCAUGAAUCUCAGAGAAAAGGUAACCAACCUAGAUUCUCUAAGGUACGCUCUUAGCGUGUUUCCUAGAACUCCAGAAUAGUCAACCUUAGUAGAUGCGUAUUUCAUCUCAAAGGAUUUAGAGGUAAACACUUUAGAAGAGCUUUUUUCAACUUUUGAAAUUCAUGAGUCAAGAUGUGCAGGUCUAAAGAAGGAAUCAAGGCAAAAAAAAUAUUACCUUAAAAGUAAAAGUGGACGAACCAGAUUUCGAGACAUCACUUGACAAUGGCGAAACGACUUUAAUGGUAAGGAGAUUUAAAAAAUUAUUUACAUCCAAUAAGUUUAAUCAAGUGCAGGGUAAGAGACGAAAAAGAAAGGUAAAAUGUUACCACUGCAAUGAAGGGCACGUAAAAGACAACUGCCCAAAACUGAAAAGCAAGGACAAGAAUAAAGACACAAGCACAGACAAGAGACCAACCCAGAAAACACACAAGAAUCUAAAAGCGACGUGGGACGAAACCUCAUCAGAAUCAGAAAUCGAGGCCUACGCCGGAAUCACGUUAAUGGCAUGUCACCAAGAAAAAGAGGACGAAGCAAGCUCUUCCGCAAUGAACAUCGAGAGCAUUGAUGAAGGGGGAACAACAUCAGAAGAGAGCAGCUCUACAGGGGGAGUCUUAGAUGAUGAAAUCGACAAGUUCCUUAGAUAUGGCCUAGUUAUAUUGUUCAAUGUCAUGAUGUGGGGAUGCUAUGUCAAUAGCCUUAAAGCUUUAUCUUCUCUGCAAGCAACAGUUACAAACUUUGCCGCUAAUUUUCUAACUUCAGGUCUAGCUGGAUUUUUUCUCUUUAAAGAACCGUUGCCUUCACAGUGGUUUUUAGGCGCUAUUCUCAUCAUACUAGGUGUUUAUGUCCUCAGUCAAUCCAGUAGUCCCAGAAAAUUAAACUCAGAUUGACUUGCAAUUGUUGUUUCUUCAGAUGCACUCCGUAAGAUCAUGACUUGAAAUAUCUAAGCAAAGCUGAAAUGGAGGAAUCAUGAAAUGCCUAUCAGUAGGCCUCUUGGAUAACCUUUUGUUGACACCUCCCAUAUUGAAGAAUUUCAAGUUACAUGAGUAUAGUGUUUAUCUUUUUUACUUAGGGUAUCUUCAUUGAUGUUUACUUGGGGGCAUUUGCGAUGGUAUUUUGACUUGCAUUUAGAGGAAUUCCGUAUCUUGAUAUGGUGUUUAGGAAACGAAGAAUACGCAGUUAAUUAUUUGAAAAAAUGGAGAUGUAAAAACAGAGGAACGGGAAUUAUUUCGUACUGUUAUUUUUUCAUAUUUUGUUGAAAGAUUGUUGUCAAUGGACUUUGAUGUUUAGAUAAACCAUUUAUGUUAGGAUAUAUAUUGUGUUUGAUA